GGAGAAUGUUUAAGUACGAUUGAACUAGUGUCAGUAGCAGCAGCAAAUGUCGCAAGUGCCUUUUCCAACCGUCAGUCAAAAAACCAGUCAGUCAGGAGGCGUUGGCGUUGGGGAUGAUGAGCCCCAGAUCCACUCGCCAUGGUCGCCUCCCCCAGACCAGAACCGUGGAAUUCCGCCUAGAAAGUGGAAACCCAAUGGCGGACGGUGUGCUCCGUACUAGACUUUGAGACUAGGGGAAAGGAAAAAGAGGACCUGACCCGGGUUAAUCAUCA